AAGCUUACUGCUGUCCCGUCCGUCUGGAAACGAAUCAAAAUCGCUCAUGUUGAUGAAGUGCUUCUCAACUGUGGAUUGUAAUGUGUGUGUGUGAAAGACGAGUUGGAAGAGCGCCGCAAGUGUCACGCGAUGUCAGCUGCGGACCAGUGAACGUGUCGCCGGCGUGACUGACUGUCUCGACUCGGACGAACUUACAGCGCUGGACGCUGCUUGGGAAGUACGGCUGUGUUUAGCGUCCUGUUGUGCAAAUACUGCCUAUUUUCCACUGUCGAUGGAUUUGCUGCUCGGACUCGGACUGGUGUGACAUAAUCAUGGGCUCCUGCGUUGGACGACAACCCGGGGACUCGGGCGAGCAGUCCGGAAUACGGGGGAGGACGCGCAGAAAGAGGGCAGGACGUAAUGAGCCACUGAAGAAGGACAAGCCCAAGUGGAAGAGUGAUUAUCCCAUGACUGAAGGCCAGCUGCGCAGCAAGCGGGAUGAGUUCUGGGACACGGCGCCAGCCUUUGAUGGUCGCAAGGAGAUCUGGGAUGCACUGAGGGCAGCAGCUCUGGCCCUUGAGGGAAAUGACCAUGAGUUGGCCCAGGCCAUUGUGGAUGGAGCUAGUAUCACCCUGCCACAUGGGUCCCUGGCUGAGUGCUAUGAUGAGCUUGGGAACCGCUACCAGCUGCCAGCAUACUGUCUAGCUCCUCCAGUCAACCUGAUCUCAGAGCGCAAUGAUGAGGAUGUGCCAGAGAAGCCUGAGCCCCUGGUUACAUCUAGGAAAGAAUUCCAGCUGAAGGUGCGCCUUUCCACAGGCAAGGACCUGCGGCUAACUGCCAGCAUGGCUGACCCCAUUCUCCAGCUGAAGAAGAAGCUGCAGGCCCAGGAGGACAUUGAUGUUGCCCAUCAGCGUUGGUUCUUCUCAGGCAAGCUGCUCACUGACAAGACCCGACUGCAGGACACCAAGAUUCAGAAGGACUUUUUUAUCCAGGUCAUCAUUUUCCAGCCCACCAUUUCUAACUGAGCCCCUGUGGGAUGUGAAACAAAGUUCUGGCUCACUGCGAUAGUUCUCUGAAGGUACGAGAAGGGGCGCGAGGACAUUAAUCCUGUUUUGUGCGCAAAUACAUUGUGGGAAAAUGUACAGCCUGAUACAGUACCCUACCUGUAGAUCAGGUGCAAUGGUACACGCUGUCAUGCUAGGCAGUUUCGACCCUUCCCCACAUACCCUUAUCAGAUGAUGAUAUGCUAAUACACCCCUACCUGUAGUGUCUCCUGGCCUACAAAGCCAGAUGUGGAAAGCAGUUUGCAAAGAAGCAACCAAAAUGUGGGGUUUGAAUAUUUAAUAGCAAGAAGGCACAGGGAGAUGCAGCAUGGGCUUUCUGUCUAGAUGGGCCAGACUCACAGGACAUGAUGUGCUAAAA